GGGAGGGGCGGGGGCGGGCUCCGGGGAAGGAGGAGGACGAGGAGGAAGAUGGCGGCGCCUGGCCUGGCCUGAGGCCUGGUCUGUGUCUGUGAGGCGGGAAAGAUGGCGGCGGAUAGAAGAGGACGGAGAGAGAGAGAGAGAGAGAGGGAAAUGAAGACCCUAUGAAGUCACCACAGGCAUGAAAAGAAAUUACCAGUAUCUAGUAUAGAUUUAGGAAUUUGGAAACCAAAGGGCAAUAAUGAAAGAAAUCCUGCGGGAAGAAGAAAUCCUCUCUAGGUGCCAAUCUUGUGAAACUCAAUUUUGAUCAGAAAGAAAAAGGGAACAUUCACGUGUUUAUAUCGCAGUCAAUCAUAACUGUCAACAUGGAGGAGAAACCCUUUACAUGUCUAGACUGUGGAAAGAGCUUCAGUUGGAGGAGCCAUCUGCUACGGCAUGAAAGGACUCACACUGGGGAGAAACCCUUUGAAUGUCUGGAGUGUGGACAGAGCUUCAUUCAUAGUUCACAUCUACGUUCACAUCAAAGAACUCACACUGGGGAAAAACCCUAUAAAUGCCUGGAGUGUGGACAGACCUUCGCUCGUAGUUCAGGCCUACGUUCACAUCAAAGGACUCACACUGGGGGGAAACCCUAUAAAUGCCUGGAGUGUGGACAGAGCUUCGCUCGUUGUUCAGGCCUACGUUCACAUCAAAGGACUCACACUGGGGAGAAACCCUUUGAAUGUCUGGAGUGUGGACAGAGCUUCACUCAUAGUUCAGGACUACGUCAACAUCAAAGGACUCACACUGGGGAGAAACCCUUUGAAUGUCUGGAGUGUGGGCAGACCUUCGCUCGUAGUUCAGGCCUACGUUUACAUCAAAGGACUCACACUGGGGAGAAACCCUUUGAAUGUCUGGAGUGUAGACAGAGCUUCACUCAGAGUUCAGGACUACAUCAACAUCAAAGGACUCACACUGGGGAGAAACCCUAUACAUGCCCAGAGUGCGGAAAGAGUUUCACUCAAAGUUCAGGCCUACGUUCACAUCAAAGGACUCACACUGGGGAGAAACCCUAUAAAUGCCUGGAGUGCAGACAGAGCUUCACUCAUAGUUCACAUCUACGUUCACAUCAGUGGACUCACACUGGAGAGAAACCCUAUAAAUGCCUGGAGUGUGGACAGAGCUUCACGCAUAGUUCACUUCUACGUUCACAUCAAAGCACUCACACUGGGGAGAACCCCUAUACAUGUCUGGAGUGUGGACAGACCUUCACUCGUAGUUCAGGCCUACAUUCGCAUCAAAGCACUCACACUGGGGAGAAACCCUAUACAUGUCUGGAGUGUGGACAGACCUUCACUCGUAGUUCAGGCCUACGUUCGCAUCAAAGAACUCACACUGGGGAGAAACCCUAUAAAUGCCUGGAGUGUGGACAGAGCUUCACGCAUAGUUCACUUCUACGUUCACAUCAAAGCACUCACACUGGGGAGAACCCCUAUACAUGUCUGGAGUGUGGACAGACCUUCACUCGUAGUUCAGGCCUACGUUCGCAUCAAAGCACUCACACUGGGGAGAAACCCUAUACAUGUCUGGAGUGUGGACAGACCUUCACUCGUAGUUCAGGCCUACGUUCGCAUCAAAGAACUCACACUGGGGAGAAACCCUAUACAUGCCUGGAGUGUGGGCAGAGCUUCACUCAUAGUUCAAAUCUACGUAGACAUCAAAACUCUCACACUGGGGAGAACCCCUAUACAUGUCUGGAGUGUGGACAGACCUUCACUCGUAGUUCAGGCCUACGUUCACAUCAAAGCACUCACACUGGGGAGAAACCCUAUACAUGUAUGGAGUGUGGACAGACCUUCACUCACAGUUCAGGCCUACGUUCGCAUCAAAGAACUCACACUGGGGAGAAACCCUAUAAAUGCCUGGAGUGUGGACAGAGCUUCACUCAUAGUUCAAAUCUACGUAGACAUCAAAACUCUCACACUGGGGAGAACCCCUAUACAUGUCUGGAGUGUGGACAGACCUUCACUCGUAGUUCAGGCCUACGUUCACAUCAAAGCACUCACACUGGGGAGAAACCCUAUACAUGUAUGGAGUGUGGACAGACCUUCACUCACAGUUCAGGCCUACGUUCGCAUCAAAGAACUCACACUGGGGAGAAACCCUAUACAUGCCUGGAGUGUGGACACAGCUUCACUCAUAGUUCAAAUCUACGUAGACAUCAAAGGACUCACACUGGGGAGAAACCCUAUACAUGCCUGGAGUGUGGACAGAGCUUUUCUCGGAGUGGAGCUCUACGUUUGCAUCAAAGGACUCACACUGGAGAGAAACCGUAAAAAUGCAUGGAAUGUGGUCAGAGCUUUUCAUGAAAUAACAUUAUACAUAGACUUCAUAGAAUUCACCCUGGAGAGAAUGGUGUUAAUUGACCUCAGAGUGUCAUUCUAACACGUAGAAAAGCAACUCUUGCAAAUUUUGGAAAUGCGGGCUCAAAGUUGGGACAUUUCAUCACAUGUGAUGUAUUGUAGAAAGCCCCCUCGAUGGAUUGUCACCUUGUCAUGGUGAGGGGGCUUGCGUUUUCCAGUGAACCUGCGGGCACAACCACCGGAGUCAUGAACUCCCAGGAGUGGCCACAGGGGAGGAUCCAGACCAAGAACAAUCCGAAGACCCUAAGAUCUCAACGGCGGAGCAGGCGGAGGAUAACAUGGUACGGUUUCGUAUGUCCCUGCUCCCCGUGGUCUCCAUUCCCUUUAUCUUUCUCACCCGAGUUUGUAUCUUUGUAUUCAUGUGGCCGGCCCUGUUUUUACUGUUUCUUUGAUUUGCGUUGUAGUAUAUAUUGUAUAUUAUUACUUAUUGUAUUGUUUAAUUGCUCUAUGUUAUGUUGUAUUUAUACUUGUUAUAUUGUUUUGCUCUAGGCAUGGCCCCAUGUAAGCCCCCCCUCUCGAGUCCCCAUUGGGGAGAUGGUGGCGGGGUAUAAAUAAAGUAUUAUUAUUAUUAUUAUUACGGUUCGGGACCUGCCUGUCUUCGUGACCGCGUCGUCCCCUAUGAACCCACCCAUUCGCUGAGAUCUUCCGGGGAGGCCCUCCUCUCGCUUCCGCCCUCCUCACAACUGCAUUUGGUGGGGACGAGAGAGAGGGCCUUCUCGGCCGUGGCUCCCCGACUCUGGAACUCCCUCCCCAGGGAGAUGAGGUUGGUUCCCUCUCUACCUUCCUUCAGGAAACAACUGAAGACUUGGAUGUUUCGGCAGGCCUUUGGAGAUACAGUCAUUAAUUAAUCAGCCCCAGAGGGUUUUUAAUAAUCUAUCCCGUUUUUAUUACGAUUUUACCAUUUAUGUGUUUUAAAUGCAAUUUUUAUCCUGUAUUUUUGUUUUAAUUGAUAUAUUGUAUUACUGUUUUAUCUUUUUAUAGUGUGAUUUGUAUUAUGUUGCCUAUGUUUUGUUCUAUGUUGUUUGGGCCUCUGCCCCAUGUAAGCCGCCCCGAGUCCCCACGGGGAGAUGGUGGCGGGAUAUAAAUAAAGUUUGAUUAUUAUUAUU